AUGGCGGCGCAGGGCGGCGGGUGGCGGUGGGCGCUGGCGCUGGGCAUGGCGCUGGCGCUGGGCGGCCGCCGCUGCCCCGCCGCCCCCUUCCUCAACGCCUCGGCCGUUCCCGACCGCUGCCGCCGCCCCGCGCCCUGCGAACGGCUCCGUUACGGUGCCUGCCUGGGCUCGGCGCUGCCCUACGCCGCCACCUCCACGCUGCUGGCCGACGACUCCGCCUCGCAGGAGGAGGCUCACGGAAAGCUCCUGCUCUGGUCCGGCCUGCGCAACGCCCCGCGCUGCUGGGAUGUCAUCCAGCCCCUGCUCUGCGCCGUCUACAUGCCCAAGUGCGAGGACGGCCAGGUGGAGCUGCCCAGCCAGACCCUCUGCCAGGCCACCCGGGCGCCCUGCACCAUCGUGGAGCGUGAGCGCGGCUGGCCUGACUUCCUCAAGUGCACGCCUGACCGCUUCCCGGAGGGAUGCCCGAAUGAGGUGCAGAACAUCAAGUUCAACAGCUCAGGGCAGUGCGAGGCGCCGCUGGUGCGGACGGACAACCCCAAGAGCUGGUAUGAGGACGUGGAGGGUUGCGGCAUCCAGUGCCAGAACCCGCUCUUCACCGAGAAGGAGCACCGCGAGAUGCACGUCUACAUCGCCGCCUUCAGCUCCGUCACCAUCUUCUGCACCUUCUUCACCCUGGCCACAUUCGUCGCCGACUGGAGGAACUCCAACCGCUACCCCGCCGUCAUCCUCUUCUACGUCAACGCCUGCUUCUUCGUGGGCAGCAUCGGCUGGUUGGCGCAGUUCAUGGAUGGUGCACGUGACGAGAUCGUGUGCCGGGCCGACGGCACCAUGCGGCUGGGGGAACCCACCUCCAACGAGACGCUCUCCUGCGUCAUCAUCUUCGUUAUCGUCUACUACUCGCUGAUGUCGGGCGUCAUCUGGUUCGUCAUGCUGACCUACGCCUGGCACACCUCCUUCAAGGCGCUGGGCACCACCUACCAGCCGCUGCUGGGCAAGACCUCCUAUUUCCACCUCAUCACCUGGUCCAUCCCCUUCGUCCUCACCGUGGCCAUCCUGGCCGUGGCGCAGGUGGAUGGUGACUCUGUCAGCGGCAUCUGCUUUGUGGGGUACAAGAACUACCGCUACCGGGCCGGCUUCGUCCUGGCACCCAUCGGGCUCGUCCUCAUCGUGGGGGGCUAUUUCCUCAUCCGGGGGGUCAUGACGCUCUUCUCCAUUAAGAGCAACCACCCCGGGCUGCUGAGCGAGAAGGCGGCCAGCAAGAUCAACGAGACCAUGCUGCGGCUGGGCAUCUUCGGCUUCUUGGCCUUCGGCUUCGUCUUCAUCACUUUUGGCUGCCACUUCUAUGACUUCUUCAACCAGGCGGAGUGGGAGCGCAGCUUUCGGGAAUACGUCCUGUGCGAGGCCAACGUGACCAUCGCCACGCAAACCAACAAGCCCAUCCCCGACUGCGAGAUCAAGAACCGGCCGAGCCUGCUGGUGGAGAAGAUCAACCUCUUCGCCAUGUUCGGCACCGGCGUCUCCAUGAGCACCUGGGUCUGGACCAAGGCCACCCUGCUCAUCUGGAAGCGCACCUGGUGCAGGUUGACGGGGCAGAGUGACGACCAGCCCAAGAGGAUCAAGAAGAGCAAGAUGAUCGCGAAGGCAUUCUCCAAGCGCAAGGAGCUGCUGCGCGACCCAGGCCAGGAGCUGUCCUUCAGCAUGCACACCGUCUCGCACGAUGGCCCCGUGGCCGGUUUAGCGUUUGACAUCAACGAGCCGUCGGCCGACGUGUCCUCAGCGUGGGCCCAACACGUGACCAAGAUGGUGGCUAGGAGGGGGGCUAUCCUGCCCCAGGACAUCUCUGUGACACCCGUGGCGACACCUGUGCCGCUGGAGGAGAGGGCCAACCUCUGGGUGGUGGAGGCCGAUGUCUCCCCUGAGCUGCAGAAGCGCAGUGGCCGCAAGAAGAAGCGGAGGAAGAAGAAGAAGGAGGUGUGCCCGGGCCCCGAGCGCUGCCUGGGGGGCCCCGCAGCCCCCCCGGCCCCCAGCGCCGUCCCUCGCCUGCCCCGGCUGCCCCCCCAGCCCUGCCUGGUCGCCUUCGCCCCCGACGUCCUCCAGGGGCUCCCGCCCGGCCAGCCUGAAGCCGCCUUCGCUGGGGGGCCGUGGGACAGCCGCCGCAGAGCCAACGUCUUCCACCUCAUCAGCAACCCCUUCUGCCCCGAGAGCGGGUCCCCGGAGGAGGAGAGCCCUGGCCCCAGCAACGGGUGCUGGCAGCACAACGGGGGUCCGCUCUGGCCCCCCGAUCCUGGCACCCUGCCCCGCGGCGGGGUUCCAAGGACUCAGGGCCGACGGGCCGGCUUGGCCCCCAUCCACUCUCGGACCAACCUGGUGGAUGCGGAGCUGCUGGACGCUGAUUCGGACUUUUGAGCCCGGCAGGACGAUGCGAGGGGACGGGGACACCUGGGGCGAAACCCGAAACCUCAUCCAGCCUGGGCAGCCUGUGAGGGGACGCCGAAGCCCACCCUGUCCCGCCGGGGCCGGUCCCGAGCAUCCCUCCAGCCUGGCCAUGACUGAUUCCUCCCCUCGGAGGAGGGCAUUUCUCCCCACAUCACCCAGACAGACUCGUUGCACAUCCCAGCCUGGUAAGACGCCGGCAGAAGGGUUUUGGGGUGUCCCCCGGGCAUCGCUGGAAGAAGAGAAACAGGGUGUUGGUGGAACAAACCCCACCCAGGUCCUGCAGGGAUUUAAGGACAAGGGGGACACUGCCGCCGACGGGGACGGGAGCGGGUGGCCCGCCCCCCCGGGACAGCGGUACCAGGCAGCGGGCGAGCAUAGGUCAGGGUAGA